AUGAUUCACUCCGCUCUUUCAUUGUGGGUCCUUCUGACAUUUGCCACAUCUGUGUUAUCACAAGCAAACUUGAGCGUUGUUGGAACAUGUCAAGAGAUCGCCUCUAAAGUCUCCAGUGCGAGCGAUGUCAUCUAUGCAUUGCAUCCCAAUUUCCUCCCCGAUAUCCAUCACUGGUACCUUUCCUCAAGCCAGACUCCGACAUGCGUCUUUGAGCCCGGAUCUGUGGAGGACUUGGCCACAGCCGUGCAAAUUAUCGGCUCUGCUCGGUCUCCAUUUGCAGUGAGAUCAGGCGGGCAUGCGUCCAAUCCUGGCUUCUCGAGCACGACCGGGGUCCACAUCUCCUUGAAUCGCAUGGACCAAGUUGUACUCUCUGCCGACAAAUCAACCGUCGAGAUCGGGACUGGAACAACUUGGGCAGAUGUCUACGAAAAGCUUGAAGAUACCGGCUACAAUGUCGUCGGUGGGCGGACUGUUGGCCCGGGUGUUGGUGGAUUCACCCUGGGUGGCGGGUUUUCUUGGAAAACCAAUCAACACGGCUUAACAUGCGAUACGGUCAAGAGCUUUACCUUAGUAUUACCUAACGGAACUAUCACACGCGUCGACUCGGACAAGCCGGAUCUCUUCUUCGCUCUGAAAGGAGGUCUGAACAGAUUUGGGAUCGUCGCCUCAGCCGAGUUUUACACCCACGAACAGCCUUCUCAAAUAUAUGGCGGCUUGGCGGUAUAUGGCAACGAUAAGCUUGAUGCCAUUCUCGAGGCCACUGCAAAGUUUGAUGCGGAAAACACCGAUCCCAAGGCGCAAGUCAUUACGACGCUUGAAGGAUCGUCAUUGACCGGUACCUCCGCUUUGGUGCUGUUCUUUUACGAUGGACCGAGUCGGCCGGAAAGCUUCAGUGUCUUUGACAACAUUACGGCAACACUGGACAUCACAGGCACAAAGACCUUUGCCGAAUUCGUCCAAAUGUUUCAAUCCAAUAUUGUCAUCAAUGCUCGUGGGACCUUUCACACUCUUUCCACGUCAAAGUUGACAUCUGGAUUCUUGACCGCGGUCAGGAACGAGACAGACACCUUCGGCAAAGUGAUGGCAAGCCACAGCGGGUCGAGCAUAAGCUACGACAUUGAGCCUUUCCUUAAGACAUACGGUGAAAAGGCAACUGACAGCGCCUACCCGCAUCACGAUUCGCCUCUUCCUUUGAACUUGUACUUUGCCUGGCUCUCGCCCGCCGACGAUGAGUUCUGGUACGAUGCGAUGCGCUCGUCCAUCCAGAAUCUGAGGAGAAUCGCCAUCGAAGAAGGCAUCUAUUCUUCUGAUUUCACUACCUAUCCUAACUACGCGAUCUCAAAUACAACGGCGGAGGAUUUGUACGGGGCCAGCAACGCAGAAAGACUCCGUAGCAUUAGGAGCCAGAUUGAUCCAGAUGGUAUCAUGGAACUGGCAGGUGGCUUCUCCAUUUAG